ACCCAAAUUCAGCACUUAACAGGAAGAGAAUGACUUAUUUCUCCGUCAUACCAACUCUCUUCUUUCUUGACAAAAGCAAAAAACAAUUGAAAAAUUAAAAGAAAACCUUUCAAGAAGGAUUUUUGUUUGUUUGUUUUUAAACAGACAGCAGAUCUUUGUGAAUCUUGUUUUUUUUUGCAACAUCAUUCAGAAAGUGAAAGUAAAGUUCAGAUCGCUGGAGCUCAAAGAGUGAAAAUGGCUUCACAAUCGGAAGAUGAAUUGUUUUGUCCUGUAUGCAGUGAAAUCUUCAAGGAUCCUGUUGUUUUAUCAUGUAGUCACAGUGUCUGUAAAGAGUGUCUUCAACAGUUCUGGAGAACUAAAGAAACUCAGGAGUGUCCUGUCUGCAAGAGAAGAUCCUCAAAUGAUCAUCCUCCGUGUGAUCUUGCAUUAAAAAACUUAUGUGAGUCGCUCCUAAAAGAGAAACAAGAGAAGUGUUCAUCAGAGUCUGAGGAGCUCUGCAGUUUACACAGUGAGAAACUCAAGCUCUUCUGUCUGGAGGACAAACAGCCGGUGUGUUUAGUGUGCAGAGAUUCAGAGAAACACAUCAAUCACACAUUCAGACCCAUCAGUGAAGCUGUUCCAACAUAUAAGGAGGAGCUCAAUACAGCAAUGGAGUCUUUGCAAGAGAAAGUUAAACACAGAGAAAAAAUUAAAGGAGAGUUUGAGAAAAUAGUUCAACACAUCAAGUCUCAAGCUGAUCACACAGAGCGUCAGAUUAAACAGCAGUUUGAGAAGCUUCAUCAGUUUCUCAGAGAUGAAGAAGAAGCUACAAUCACUGCACUGAGAGAGGAAGAGGAGCAGAAGAAGCAGAUGAUGAAGGAGAAGCUGGAGGAGAUCAACACACACAUCUCAGCUCUUUCACACACAAUCAAAGACAUGGAGGAGAUGAUGAAAGACAGUGACGUCUGCUUUCUGAAGAAGUUUCCAGUCUCGAUGGAAAGAGUCCAGAUCUCAUCACAGCCGGAUCCACAGACUCCUUCUGGAGCUCUGAUUCAUGUGCCACGAUACUUGGGCAACCUGCCCUUCAGAGUCUGGAAGAAGAUGAAAGACAUCAUCCAGAACACUCCUGUGAUUCUGGAUCCAAAUACUGCGAACCCAGAUCUCCUCCUGUCUGAUGAUCUGACCAGUGUGAAAUGGAGCGAGAACAAAGAACCAGUUCUUGAUAAUCCAGAGAGAUUUGAUGAUUGUCUUUGUGUUCUGGGUUCAGAGGGGUUUAACUCAGGAACACACUGCUGGGAUGUGGAGGUUAAAGAGUGCUCACACUGGAGUGUUGGAGUAACUACAGCAUCAAACCAGAGGAAGGGAGAAGAAUUCUUUAGCGCUGAUGUCUGGAGUGUGCGAUAUGAUGAGUACGGACUGUCUGAAAAGUUUGGUUUUCCUGUUAAACGUAAGCUUGAUCGUGUUAGAGUUGAUCUGGACUAUGACAGAGGAACAGUGUCAUUCUCUGAUCCUGUAACUAACACACAUCUACACACAUUCACAACCACCUUCACUGACACUGUCUUACCAUUGUUUCGUAAUCUUGAUGAACAAAACUAUCUGAGGAUUUUACCAGUUAACAUUAACAACAGAAAAUCGCUGUUGAAUCUGCUACUAAAUUAAUUACAAAAAUAGAUGUAAGACACAAGAUUAGAAUAAGAUAUACAAAUCUUACAUAUUUAUUCUGUGGAAUCAGAAAUGAAUGUAGUAAAUAGUACAAACAUUAGUUAAAAUUCAAAUGGGUAAAUAUCAAUAUUCUCAGUCUGAAAGAAGAUUAUAAAGGUAAUUGAUGAAAGACUGAUAUAUGACAGGUGAUGAACAUCAUCAUGAGGUGGAUCAGUUUAUAGUUGCUGUGUGGAAACAUUGUGAAAAUUGUGGCUAACUCAAAAGCUGCAUCUUAUCUUAUAAGGCUACAGUAUGAGGAUACUCCUUCAGAGCUUCUUUUGAACUUCACAACUUAUUCAGUUUGCGUGUUGAAACUUUUCAAGAUUAAUAAUAAAAUUGUUUUAUGCAAACAUUAAUAUGCAUUUGUGACACUUGUGAACACGCCUAGUGUAAACUUGUUUUUUAUUUGGCUAAAUAGAGUAUUAUACGGUGGCCUCACAACACUCAAAUUAAGAAACAAUUAAUGAAGCAUUGCAAAUGUAUUUUCACUAACCUUGAAAUUAUAUUUAGUUGAGGGUUUUAGAGUUAGCCAUCUUAUAUAGUAACAUGUCACAAUUAAUCGUGGGAUUUUUCAGCUUAUUUCUGCUAAUAAUAUCCAAAAGACAAAGGAAUCAUGCAAUCAGGGAGUAAAAAAAAAAAAAAAAAAACCUACCAUCAACCCCACUAACCGGUAGCAACUGCAAAAUAAUCAAAUCCUAGCUGGGUCCGACACUUUUUUGGGUCCCCUUGAAACAUUUCCAUUGAGGUCAGUGCUAUUUGCAGCACGUUUUUUAAUUUUUUAUUUGUAUGUGUUUAUUUGGGACCGUUUUCUUACAUUUACAUUUAUGCAUUUAGUAGACGCUUUUAACCAAAGUGACUUACAGUGCAUUCAGGCUAACGUUUUUUACCUUACGUGUGUUCCCUGGGAAUCGAACCCACAACCUUUUGUGCACGAAAUUAAACAUGAUUGCAUUUAAAUAAUAUGAAGUAAGCAAUUCUAAACCAAAGCACCACACAUGAUAAAAAUAUUGUGCUUUUUUUAUUUUUAUUAGCGUUAACGUUUAAACAAAACUGCAACUAGCAGCACCUCAGUUUUUAAACGCAGGCUAGGCCUACUGCAUAACUAGGAAAUAACUUUACCAUUAAAUAAACACAGAGAACUUUGAAAAUACUCUCGAUAUAAUUUUAACAAAAUAAAUACAAAAUGAAAUAAAACGAAAGAAAAUUAAGUCUUCUUAAUUUUAUUAGGCUAAUUAAAAUGUAUUUAAUAUAUUAAUCUAACCUUAGCAAACAUAGCCUACCUAAAAUGCAAAAACUGAAUAAGUGUAUUUGAAUUUCGUUCACUUUAUUUUUGUGAAUAUAGCUGCCGUUGUUGUACAAUAGAACACUCAAAUCAGGCUCAUUAAGACACAAACGCACACACAUCUGAGAUUAAAUGUACGUAGAUCUUUACAAAAUACACCUGGAUUAUUAAAAAAGUGAAAAGCACAUAUAAGAUAAAAUGCAAACGCUUAGGUUAUUGAGUGUAGCUAUUGAGAGCGAAGCGUAAAGGCGCUCAGCGAUCUUAAGGAAAUAUUACCACUCCACUCCGCUAAUGCUAUGGCGGGAAUGCUCAAAAUAAAUGCAGUAACAAAUGAGAAUUGUUUCCAGACGUCUGACUUGCCUUGCUUUGCUUUAGUCCAGUAAACAGCAGCUUUAAUUUGUUUCUCAACUUCUUGUGUUGACUCCAUUUCUACUACACCACACCACCGUUCCCCACGGGACUCCCGCGAAAUGCGAUAUGUUUUCUUCAUUUGCUGGUGUUUUUUCAAUUUGCAUGUGUUUUAUUAAGUUGCAGCAUGUUGAGCUCUCUCGGCCACCGCAGUAUUAGCACCAACUAGUGGAUAUAUUGAGUGAAUUACAAGCGGCAUUUUGGUCUACAUAAAAGACACUGAAGGACACUCAGAAUCAGUCAGAAUACAUUUUAUUAGUCAAAUGUGUAAGACAGACUGCGAUUUAUUGUGGUACUGGGCAUUCCAGUACUAAAUAUUAAUAUAUUAUAUAGAAUAUUUACAAAAAUGCAGUUUACACGAUUUACACAAGCCUAUGCAAGUUAUUUACACACAGAGCACAUGUGCAGAUAUUUCAUCCUACCUGUCAGAUUAUCCCACCUGACCACAAACUGGUCAAAUUUCUCACACUGAACCUUACUGUAUUUGGAUUACUGUAAUGUUAGGUUUAGGCACUGUUCAGUACGGUCCACUUUUAGGGGGUUUUCCACAGGGUACAGUAGCUACCUGGUACUUUUUUUAGUACCACUUCGGGUGAGGUUCCAAGUGAAACAUACAGUUACCAAACCAUGACGUGUAAACUCUGCUGAUCACGGAUUGGCCGGAGAGAAUCGUCACUGCUGCGUCACUGAACUUGGGACACAAACACAAAAGAAAAGCUAGAUUUAAAUCAACCCAGGCAGCGAAGGAUCGAACGCAGCUGUUUUGAAUGAGCGCACCUUUUUUAACAACCCAAUAUUGGCUGUUCCGUUGUCUGUUGAGGACUGUUUUAUGUGUCUUCAGCUGUGGGUUGCUGUGAGCCAAUAAUUAUCUGCUCCUUUCUCCAGAGCUCAAAACUAAAAUGAGCAGCUGAAAUUUUUCAUAAAGAUUUUUUUACAUAUAGACAUUUUCAAUUGCCAGGUGUUCUGUUCAAAGUGCUUCUGGGGGGUAUUCCAGAAAGUAGGUUGUGACAUACUCGGAUGUUUAAGGUAAGCAAGCAGAUAAACUCAGCUUUCGUUUCCAAAAACGGAGUAUACUUUCAGCAUAGACGCUGAUUUAUGUUUCUGCCGGUGGGUGCCCAUGACUAUAAUAUCAGCGGCUUCUUUCUUCUUCUUUUGUUCAAUGGUCAAGUGUUUGUGUUUUUUUUUUUUUUUUUUUUUUUUUGUUGUUUUUU